AAAUCAAGAAUAAUUAUUUCAGGUUUCAAUGCUCCAGUGUUUAGUCUCCCACCCUGAUACUAAGCUAGUACUCAAGGCCUGGGGAAGAUGCUCCUGUGGUGGGAAGCGUCCAACUAUCCUCUGCUGUCAGAAGCAGCUGAGCAACAAGGACGGAGUUAGUCCUAAGAUACUGCUGCUCCAACUGAUGCAUAUAUUCAUUAAAGCAGCGAACCAUGCUGCUCUGCUGCUCCCAGGAAGGUCCUCUGCCAAAUCUCAGGAGAGAAUAAGUUCGGAUGUUUGUAAUCAGAUGUUCCAAGAUAAACCUAAACUCCUGGAAGGAUGGAGAGCUGGGAAAUUUCUAGAAAUGGCGGACACAAAACUCAGUGGAAAGAUGGUAGUACUAUCUGGACUCCUUCAUGUUAUGGAAUCCCAGAGGGGCAAGGUCCUCCUGUUCUCCCACAGUACUAGAGUUCUUGAUAUCCUAUCCAUGUUUUUAAGAUCCAAGGGAUAUACUUACACAAGGCUGGAUGGAAAUACUAAAAUGGAACAAAGGCAAAGGUUGGUGAAUGAGUUUAACACGGAUCCCGGGAUAUUUGUGUUCCUUGUAUCAACUAAAGCUGGUGGAGUAGGGUUGAAUAUAACCGGAGCUAACAACGUGAUCGUGUUUGAUCCAAACUGGAAUCCGUCCCAUGAUCUUCAGGCACAGGACCGGGCAUACAGGAUAGGUCAAACGAGAGAUGUGAACGUGUAUAGACUCAUCUCUGUUGGAUGUAUAGAAGAAAUCAUUUAUCUUAGACAGGUAUAUAAACAGCAGUUGGCUUCAUCAAGCGUAGAUGGAGAAACAGCUCGGAGAUAUUUCCUGGCUGUUCAGGGGGAUCCCACCAGGAAAGGAGAACUUUUUGGAAUCCGGAACCUUUUCCGGGUCAACCCUGUCGGCCAGUGUCUCACCCUGGAUAUAGAAGAACGGAACCGAGAGAUGGAGGAGCGUGUGAAAGGAAUAUGUCGGAGUAAGGUUCAAAUACAACCGAACCUGCUCCCUGAGAAUUUAGAGGAAACAACUUCGGAUCCGUUCAACAUAGGGUUGGAGGUUGAACUGGAGGGAGCAGGGUUGGAGGAUAUUGAAUCCGUCCUGGCAAAGAGUGGGGUUAUUUACUCCCAUAUGAACCAGGGUGUGGUUGGACCCUCAAGGGCAGAGCAACAUAUCUCAGAGUGUGCUGUAAAGGACCUUGAGUCUGGUUCAGUUCCUGGAUAUUUACCGGCGGAGCAGUGUGAUAUCCUCACUCCAUCACAGGGUUUGGUUUGUCAUGAAGAACCAAAACUUGGAUAUCAACCGCAGAGCGCAGGAAACCGUCCUAAAAGAAUCAGGGACGGAGACAAAACCUUUAUAUACGGAGAAUCUCCUGAGGACGUUAAGAUGCAGAUCUUUCUCCGUAUAGCGAACCAGGAGAAACUGAACCCGACAGAGUUUGCGGAAAAGAUUGGGAACCUCGACUUUAUAGGAAGGAUGCAGAUUAUUGAAAGGUUUCAUCAGAAGCAAAGCACUCCCGCCUCAGUUUUUAACCUGUUAAAGACUGCUAAGGAAGAAUAUACUCAAGAGCUAAAGAAUACCACACUUCGUAGAAUCAGUUAUCAGCCCUCUAUUAAUUAUUUUGACAAACAUAAGAAAAUAAAUGAUGGCGACUCAAAAAUUCCACGUGGGGAUUUUAAUCGGAUGGAGUCCAAGAUGAAUUUCAAAGAUGAUAAUGAUUUCCAGGGCAGACCAAAGAAUACUGAAAUUUUGAACAGUAACGAAACCCAUUUCAAUCUCCGAGAGAAACCCUUGACUGAUACUUCGGAUGAUGAGAGUUUCUCCGAUGAUGAAGACAUUUUGACCAAAGUUCUAGAUCGAGAUGAGUUCUCUAAAGAUGACGAUAUUGUUCGAGUCCUAGAUCCUAUGCCUAAACCUACUUCGAUGUAUCCUAAACACGGAGCAUCUAGCUCUAUGAAAACGACGACCUUUGCGGCCUCGGAAUCCAAGAACAAAGAAGAAAAAGGAGAUGAUAUCAAACCUUUUAGAAUAAAACCUGCUCCACCCCCGGGAAUUGUUUACAAAAGAAUUCGUCUGGAUUCCGUAACUCCGGAGCCGAAAGAUCCCAUUGACGAGAUAUUUGACGAUGAUGAUGAUGAUCUUAACGAGAUCUUCAAGAAAGAGCUGAAACCCUGUUCCUCCACCUCUCUAAGCUCAUCCUCCACCCUGAGCAAACCAUCCUUGACACCAAGGUUGGAACGAAAACCAAGUUUAGAGGAUCCUUGUUACGACAUGAUUUUUAACUGAAUUAUUAUUAAAUUUAUACUUUUAUAUAGUGCUAAAACCGCCUUUAUCCUGGCUGUGACCGUUUAUAAAUUUUUUUAUUGAUUUUACAAUUUUAUAAUGAAAUUUUGUAACGUUGCUUAAAGAAAUGAAAUUUUAUGUUUAUUUUGAUGAACAAAAUAUGUUGGGAUUUGAUUAUUAUAUAUAUUAUUUACAUAUCAUUUGUAAAAAUGUAUAUUUUGUAUGCUAAUAUUAAUUUGUUGUUAAUUAUUUCAAUGGUUUAGAAUUUAGACUGAUAAUGCUUGAUGAUUUGUACCAAAUUUAUUUUGUGAACUGCAUUUUGUAAGUAAAACAGUGUACAUUAGA